AUGUCGCGUCCGCAGGUCAGCAUUGACCGUCUCACGCCCCGCCGCGCGACGGUCGAGCCGCGUGAGGCCAUGAACUGCAAAUCCUGUCGUAAGAGAAAGAUCAAAUGCAAUCGCUUGCGGCCCAGCUGCGAGGCCUGCAAGGUCUUUCAGUGUCCCUGCGUGUAUGAUGCCGUCCCGAAAAAGCGCGGCCCCAAGACAGACGUGCUGGAAGCGCUGCUCAAGCGCGUCGAUGGUCUGGAGAAGAGAUUGCAGGAUGAAAAGAAUCCUAUCUCGCCGACCUCUCCGGAUGCCACGCCGGAUGAAUUACCCGCGCAGCCGCCAGUGGGACAGAAUGGGCGACGCAAUACUAUAAAUGCUUCCUCCUUCAACUUUAACUCGAGCGAUGCGCGACCGGCAUUGUCAACAUCCAUGUCGCAGACAGCGGACUCCUCCCAAAGGCCGGAGUCGUUCCAAAAACCGACCGGUCCCGCGCAGAGUCUACCA